AUGGACAUUGGUCCUGGUGCAUCAACAGCUAAUCUUUUGAGGAUUGAUUUGGAUAAAAAGAUCAGUCGACAUACUGGUGAAGGUGCUGAACAAAGAGAAACUUGGGAUAAUCGAGCACAAUUUAUUCUAUCAUUAGUGGGCUAUGCUGUGGGAUUAGGAAAUGUUUGGAGAUUCCCAUAUUUAACACAGAAAAAUGGCGGUGGUGCUUUUUUAAUUCCCUAUGCAGUUAUGUUGGCAGUGGAAGGAAUUCCGUUAUUUUACCUGGAAUUGGCUAUUGGCCAAAGACUUAGAAAAGGUGCUUAUGGUGCCUGGAAUCAGGUGUCGCCAUAUUUAGGAGGAAUAGGAAUUGCAUCAUCUAUUGUUUCAUUCAACGUAGCUCUGUAUUAUAAUACCAUCAUGGCCUGGUGUUUAGUGUAUCUUGUACAAAGUUUCCAAAGUCCCUUACCAUGGGCAAGCUGUCCACAUGAUCUCGGCAUAAAUGAUUCCUAUAUCAUUGUACCAGAGUGUGAGAAAAGCAGCCCUCCGAGUUAUUUCUGGUAUCGAGAUACUCUGCAGACUGCUGACUCAGUUGAAUCGACACCGUAUCUCAACUGGAAGAUUGUGGUUGGUUUAAUUGGUGCAUGGAUAAUAGUCUAUUUAUGUAUGAUUAAAGGCAUCAAAUCUUCAGGGAAAGUUGUGUACGUUACAGCCACGUUUCCCUACAUCGUUUUGGUGGUUUUCUUCUUUCGUGGUGUUACACUACGUGGAAUGGAGAAAGGUAUAGAACAUUUAUUCGUACCAGAGUGGAAUAAGCUGUUUGAUCCUGCAGUUUGCAUUUGGUUGUCUAUAGCUUUAGCAUCUUAUAACCCAGUUCGUAGUAAUUUUCUAAAAGAAACACUGUUAGUGACGGUGUGUGAUUUCUUUACUUCAAUUUUCACUGCAGUGGUUGUUUUUUCCAUAUUAGAGUCGGCUUCCGGCACUGGAUUAGCCUUUAUAGCAUUUACUGAAGCUAUAAACCAAUUUCCAGUAGCUCCAUUAUGGGCUGUACUGUUUUUUCUGAUGUUAUUCACUCUGGGUUUGGACAGUGUCGUGUGCUUUUUCUCACUGAUAGUCGCAUUAUGUUUUGCUACCAACACAGGACCAUAUGUUUUCUCAUUAUUUGAUUCAUUCUCAGCUAAUAUACCAUUAUUGAUAAUAGCUUUUAUGGAAUGUGUAUCUAUAUCAUACGUGUAUGGUUUACAACAGUAA